GCAAUCCCUAGAUGGAAUGCAAGUGGUGGAUGUCUUACCAACUGGAGUGGCCGAUGCAAUGCCGCAUGCAAGGCUGAAGCGGCAGGUCAUAGGUGCAAGGGCAGCAUCAGCUCAUCUAUUGAUGGGGCUGGGUGUGGGCUAUUCAAGAGCAAUUGUAACUGCUCCUGCGAGAUCUAG